UGAAGAGUUGAGUUUGGAGAAAGCAGUGGUCAGGCUUCUGACCUAAUGCUUUCAGCGUCCCCACAGCCAGUGAAGAUGUGAGGGAACUCUGGGAAAACGUUGAGGGUGAAAAACUGAAGUUCCCUUGAAAGUCAGCUAUUCAUACGCAUACUGGGAUUUUGAUGGUCUCAUCAUUCUGCAUGGACGUAUAUUUCUCCGUAGGAAGCAAAUCCGAUGUCAGUUGUUUCUGUGGUGACCUCACAAGUGACCCUUGUCCAUUCUUCAUUCCAUGUGAGUUACAUCUUUUCUUUCUGGAGUUUUAUGACUUCUCCCAACUUGAAGAAAACAGAUUUUUUUUUCUGAAUAGUUGGCAAGAAUCUUCCUUUAUUAAUGACCCAUGAGGCUUCUGUUGAAGUAAUGUGCUUUUCCCUUGAAACUCUCCACUAUCAUCACAGGUACUAAUGGGCCUCCUUGCUUGCCACCAGCAGGGCCCUGGACUGAGCAGCCUGCAAGGUCUGGAUGCCUCUCUCACCUCUUGACAACAGCACCUUCAAAAACAUAAGCUGGAUAGACAUCAACUAUCCCUGUUUCUGGUGAAAAACUUGCUCCCUGCGGGAUGUGUGACGGGGCAUUUUUCAUUCACUCCCCAUUUGUUGCUAUAAAAUAAAAAUUGUAAAUAUUUCCCAGAACAUCGCUAGGAAAACUAAUAUAUUUUAUCUUUAAUAAUCUGUUGCCAUGGUUUUGAUUUGCCCAGAAGGACCCAGAAAUGCUAAAACUUGGGAAACUCAGUUUUCCUGAGUUCCUUCUAAACCACUUUUGCUUACCACAAGCAUCAAACCCUCAAAGCUGAUUUACCUGUGGCUUGACAGCAAAAAGUGACUUGCUGUGUGUAACACAAGAUGGCAUGUGUGCCAGACAAGCAGAAUGGUGCAAAUGCCAGCUAGGUAACACAUGCAAAUUAACCUUAUUUUGCAUCUAGGUUUGCUUGGUGCAAGAAAACGUGUAAUCUGUCUGCUGCAGCAUUCCUGUAAUAUAAAAAUAAUAAUAUUUAUUAGUGAACAUGCAUGCUCACCAGUGCCUGCCAGACUGCACGCAGUUACCUCCAAGAAUUGUGCACAGCCACAAGGAUGGCAAGUUUUUUCCUGAACAUGGGAGGUCUGAGCUCAAAAUGAGAAAAAUAAAUAAAUAAAUAAAUCUUUAUGUAAAUAUCCAAGGAUCCUGCUGCUGUAACAUUUUAAAGACUGAGCUACUGUUUCCUGGGGCUUUCCUGUCUGUGUCCCCAGGGGAACUGUAUGAUCGACAUUCAGACAGAUUUGACAACCAAACGGUCAGAAUGUGCGAUCAAGAAUUUCGCUGGUCUUCGCGCUAAACUUCUUACAGGUCAUAGUUUAACAGGCAAGGUGGCAGCUUUAAGGUUUUCUUUGGGCCGGUUUCCUUUGGCUGGUCUAGGUGGCGUUCUCAAUCCUCUCUGUGUCUUCUGAUGGAAAGUGUUGGAUUGAGACUGACUGAUGGAGAAUGCUGGACUGACACUCAUUCCUUCACAGACAAGAAACAGCAAAGUCGACCUUCCUUUCAUGCUGUCACUUCUGCACUGCAUCCUUCCUUUAGACAGGCCUGCGUGGGGGGGAACAUCAGCCUCUCGUACAUUUGCCCAAUCCCUCUCCAAAAUAGGAUGUGACAGCUCCCCUUUGGAAUUGGAAGAUGAUUCAAUAGUUCUACCCCAAGUGUGAGUGGCGAAACUGUCUUUUGGGAGUUUAAAGAGUCUUUUCUGAAACUAGUGAAGUCCAGAUGUCUCAUAGCUUUUGUGAUCUUGCGAGCAGUUUUAGAAGGAAAAUCUGUGAGGGUUAUGGCUAUGAAUCAUCCGUCUAUCCUGUGUCCAUGAAGAAGAAAUAAAACCCCAAUCCAAAAAGAAUCCAUUUAAUUCUGGAAUUUUCUGACCUAUUUUGGUACAAGCUAGUCUAAAAAAAAAAAAAAAAAAAAAUAAACUACUCUCCUGAUGAGUUUCUCAUAUUGUUUACUUUUGUAACGUUCUCUGUGGACUAGCAGCCAGAAAUGACGUCCACCCCUCGUCCAGCAUCAGAGAAUAAGAACUUCAGAGGAAGGAAUGCAACUUCAUAAAUAGCAAACCACAGACACUAAUGGGGAGCAGAGGCAAACCUGCAGGUUAAAAAUUCAUUGCGAGAGAAGCCCAUACGUCCACACUGCCUGGAGAUUCGAAGAUGAUUUCAGCUCUAGCGUUUGUUUUUCUCCUCUGCCUCUCUUGUCCUUUUUCAUCAUGUCAGCAGAGAAGAGCAGGAGGUGAAGUUGGGCCAGAAAUGCUGGAAGAGAUGAGAGAAACUAACCGUGUGCUAAUGGAAGUUCGAGACUUGUUGAAACAGCAGAUUAAGGAGAUAACAUUCCUGAAGAAUACAGUCAUGGAGUGUGAUGCCUGUGGCAUGCACCCCGAGGUGACAGGCCCUGUCAUCACCGUCACACAGUUUAACAGAUGCCUCCCAAACUCCUGCUUCCCUGGAGUGGCCUGCACCGAGACCAGCACCGGCUUCCGCUGCGGCCCCUGUCCCCCAGGCUAUUCAGGCAACGGGUCCCACUGCACAGAUAUCAAUGAGUGCAACGCAAACCCCUGCUUCCCCAAGGUCCAGUGCAUUAACACCGUCCCGGGCUUCCGCUGUGAUCCCUGCCCUCCCGGCUUCACUGGGCAAGCCGUCGAAGGGGUUGGACUAGCUUAUGCCAGGGCCAACAAACAGGUUUGCACUGACAUCAAUGAAUGCGAGACGGGUGCUGCCAGGAAUUGUGUCCCAAACUCGAUCUGCAUCAAUACACGGGGAUCCUACAAGUGCGGAGCUUGUAAACCCGGCUUUGUUGGGGACCAAGUCAGUGGCUGCAAGAGCCAGUCGGUGAGACGCUGCCCCAACGGCGAGAUCAGCCCCUGCCACGAGAAGGCCCAGUGCGUGGUGGAGCGCGACGGGUCCCUCUCCUGCGUGUGCCUCGUGGGGUGGGCAGGGAACGGCUACGUCUGUGGGAAGGACACGGACAUUGAUGGAGUCCCUGAUGAGAAGCAGCGCUGCUCUGACAAAAAGUGCCGCAAGGAUAACUGCAUGACCGUCCCCAACUCUGGCCAGGAGGAUGCAGACAGGGAUGGAAUUGGAGAUGCGUGUGAUGACGAUGCUGAUGGAGAUGGGAUAUUAAAUACUGAGGACAACUGCGUAUACACGCGCAACGCAGACCAGCGCAACACGGACAAGGACAACUUCGGCGACGCCUGCGACAACUGUCGCCAAGUGAAGAACAACGACCAACGGGACAUUGACGGCGACGGGAAGGGAGACGAGUGUGACGAUGACAUGGAUGGAGAUGGGAUCAGGAACACUGUGGACAACUGCAGAAGAGUUCCUAACCCUGAUCAAAAAGAUAGUGAUGGUGACGGAGUAGGAGAUGUGUGUGACAGCUGCCCAACAAUCAGCAACCCAGACCAGAAAGAUACCGAUCAUGAUCUAGUGGGAGAUGUCUGUGACACCAACCAGGACAGUGACGGGGAUGGCCACCAAGAUACCCGGGACAACUGCCCGUCGGUGCCCAACAGCUCCCAGGUGGACACAGACAACGACGGGCUGGGAGACGAGUGUGAUGAUGACGACGAUGAUGAUGGGAUUCCAGAUGAGAAACCUCCAGGCCCCGACAACUGCCGGCUUGUCCCUAACCCUGGCCAAGAAGACUCAGAUGGGGACGGCGUGGGAAACCUUUGCGAAGAUGACUUUGACAGAGACAUGGUGAUUGACAGAAUUGACGUGUGCCCAGAGAACGCCGAAGUGACACUAACGGACUUCAGGGCUUUCCAGACAGUUGUCCUGGACCCGGAGGGUGACGCGCAGAUUGACCCCAACUGGAUUGUCCUCAACCAGGGCAUGGAAAUCGUCCAGACUAUGAACAGUGAUCCAGGCCUGGCUGUAGGUUACACGGCAUUCAAUGGCGUGGACUUCGAGGGCACCUUCCACGUCAACACUGCCACAGACGACGAUUACGCCGGCUUCAUAUUUGGCUACCAGGACAGUUCCAGCUUUUACGUGGUCAUGUGGAAGCAGAUGGAACAGACAUACUGGCAGGCAAACCCCUUCCGAGCAGUAGCAGAACCUGGAAUCCAACUGAAGGCAGUGAAGUCUAAAACAGGCCCAGGCGAGUAUCUCCGCAACUCUCUGUGGCACACGGGCGACACCACAGACCAGGUGAAGCUGCUGUGGAAAGACCCUCGGAAUUCCGGCUGGAAGGACAAGACGUCUUACCGCUGGUUCCUGCAGCAUCGCCCUCAAGUGGGCUACAUCAGAGCUCGAUUCUACGAAGGCCCUGAGGUCGUAGCAGACACGGGAGUUGUCCUCGACACGACCAUGCGAGGGGGACGCCUGGGAGUCUUCUGCUUCUCCCAGGAGAACAUCAUUUGGUCGAACCUGCGUUAUCGCUGCAACGACACCAUCCCAGAAGACUACGAAACAUUUAGAGUUCAGCAAGACUAACCUCCGAUUUAAACCUCUGUUCAGCCAAACUUGCUUUAAAAUCCGUGCUCAGCUGCCGCACUCUUGCUCUGGUGUAAAGAACUGUCAGUACCGUACCACUGCGCCCCGCACAGCACCACCCAGCAACGCGUUAUCUGGCAUCUUUCCUACAACAGCAACUUUUCUUUAAACGCUGCAAAAACCUGUUGGAACAGCAGAGGUGUAGAUGGCGAGUGUGGAUAGAAGCCUGUGCUGCUGUAAACACUAAUUCUCUACACUGCACGGAGAAAGAUCUGCUGAGAAGCCGCCGGCAGUAGCUGGAAUUGUUUGAGUAAGAUUAGAGUGGAUGAUCCCCAGGAAUCAUUUUUUCCUACUCAAAGGCGCUCAAGUGUGAAUGUUGGGUUUUGGGGUUUUUUUUGUUUGUUUUCCUUUUCAAGACCUACUGCAAAGCAAACCCAGCACUAGUCUGAAAAGGACACAGAGAGCAGCCUAUGUACAAGCUGCUCACAAAACAUUAAAAAAAAAAAAAAAAAAAAAAAAAAAAAAAAAAAAGCACUUUAAGGAGAGUAUCUUUUUUCUGGAAUGUUGGGUAAUAAAUCCUUGGAAUGUUGGAUAAUAAAUACUAGAUUCUCCUUGGUCA